UUACCGGUAAGUAUGGAUGGCUAGUGUGAGAAUUAUUAUUAUAAGAAAGAUUGAAUCUUUGUUUCGUCUUGAGUAAAAUAAAACCCAGAAGAGUGUGUGAAGAAAAGAGAAAAAAAUGGCGAUAGGGGUGAAGGCUUUACCGAUUUCUUUCGUGGCACAUUUUCUGGCGAUUGUCGGCGUGAUUCUGGUGUUGAUUUGGACAAUCAACUUCAGAGGUGGUUUGGCGUGGGAAUCUACGAACAAGAAUCUUAUCUUCAAUCUACAUCCUGUUCUGAUGCUUAUAGGGCUCAUUAUCAUCGGAGGCGAAGCAAUCAUCAGCUACAAAAGCCUGCCACUAAAAAAACCACAGAAGAAACUCAUACAUCUUAUACUGCACGCAAUAGCUCUCGUACUCGGCAUAAUUGGAAUAUACACCGCAUUCAAGUUUCACAACGAGAGCAACAUUGCCAAUUUAUACAGUCUGCACUCUUGGCUUGGGAUCGGUGUCAUAGUUCUCUAUGGCAUUCAAUGGCUUUACGGUUUUGUGGUGUUUUUCUACCCCGGAGGAUCACCGGCCAUCAGAAGUGAGUCAGUUCCAUGGCAUGUGCUAUUCGGUAUUUUCGUGUAUGUAUUAGCUGUUGGCACUGCAGCAACCGGAUACCUUGAAAAGCUAACGUUUCUCGAGACCAACGGAGUUGCUAAAUACGGGACCGAGGCUUUUCUCGUCAAUUUCACUGCCCUCGUCACGAUCUUAUACGGGACUUUUGUCAUCUUGACUAUUCUUUCUCAGUCUCCUCCUCCAGAAGAUGAAUACAGCUACUCAGCUAUAUAGAAUGUGAUGAAAACAGUAUAUUCUCAUAUCUAUAGUUGCUUGUAUUAAUUAUUUUUAAUUACCACUUUAAUCCAAUCUGGUUUGGGGGAUCUGGUCAUAGGUAUAUGAACUGGAUAUAUGUGUUGUAAUAUUUGUGUUCAUAAGCUGCACGUUUUAAUUGUUUUAAUUUAUUGGAGAAAGGUGUUUGCAGGAAUUGUUGUGUUUGUAUUUUAGCUAUUGGAAUCAUGCACUUGUUUUGGUGGGAAAAACUGUAGUUGUUUGAUGGUCAGACUUUGUAAUAAAAUAUGUUAUGCAUAUAUAUAUAUGUUAUGACU